AUGCUGCCCUUCCUGCUCGGUGCCGGCGCAGGCGUGAUGCUCAAUGCCUGCUUCAGCGGUGUGGCCUUGCUAGAGUCGUGCGCCUACGUCUCUCCGUUUGCACAGAAUUCUCAAAACUCGGUGGUCGCCCUGGACAUCACCCAACACCGUUCCGUUCUUUUCGGCGCCUACAGCAGCAACUACGGACGGAUAACCAUUGAGCUGUUUGACAAUGUGUUACCCGUGUCAGCAACAAACUUUCGCGAAUUGUGCCGAGGUGGUCAAGGGAGUUCUGGAACCGGACACAGUCUCUGCUACAGCAGAACUCUUUUCACCGCUGAUGCUGACUUCGUUAAGGGAGGUGAUGUAACGUUUGGCAGCGCGCCGGGUGGCUGGUCCAUUUAUGGCCAGUAUUUUUUCGAGUCACCCAACAAGGAGAAUGGGGGCGCCGAUAGUCGCAAAGGUUUGGUGUAUGCUGUGGCUAGGGACUCUCGGGUGGGGUCUGAGUUCAUGAUAAAAGUGACGGACUCAACUCAUGAGCCAAGGCGUGCUGCCCUGGGUCAAGUCCUUGACGGUUACGACGUGCUGCAGCGGAUGCAUCAGCGCUGCCGCCGGUACCCACCGCGCCUUGUUUGGUACACCGUAACCCACGCACAUGUUUUGAAGGAAGCAAAAACACCAAAACUUCGAAAGGGAUGGCGCCUCAUGAGCUUCUAA